GGCGGAGAGAGAGGGAGGAGGAGUGCGGAUGUCACCGGACAGGACUGCGGGGGAAAGCAACGAAACUGGAAGGCUGUCUUCUCCUCGGGCCGGCCGGUGGGAGGAGGUGGUGGACAGCGUUAAGGUAGUUUUAAACUCGCCGAGGUGGAGGGUGGCGUUGGAGCUCGGCCCGGUUGUUGCUGCUGCUUUAACCUGAGACAACAUGGAGCUGGAGAACAUCGUGGCCAACACCGUGCUACUGAAAGCCCGUGAAGGAGGCGGUGGAAAUAGGAAAGGCAAGAGUAAAAAAUGGAAGCAAAUGCUGCAGUUUCCCCACAUUAGUUUGUGUGAAGAGCUGCGACAAUCCACAGAGAAAGACUACAGCAGCCUGUGCGAGCGCCAACCCAUUGGGCGCCUACUCUUCCGGGUGUUUUGCGAGACUCGACCUGAGCUGAGGCGCUGCGUCAAGUUUCUGGACGCUGUGGCCGAGUACGAGGUGACGCCAGAUGAGAAGAGGAGGGAGUGCGGGGAGGAACUAAUUGAUGUAUUCUUCAAUCCAAAGGGAGAGGACCACUUGCCGGAGGUGGAGGAGACAAUGAAGACUCAGUGCGCCGAGCGGCUGCAUCAAGAGGCGUGCAAAGAGCUCUUCAAAGACUGUACCAAAUUGAUCCACGACUUCCUGAGCAUGGCGCCUUUCGCGGACUACCUCGACAGCAUGUACUACAACAGGUUCCUACAGUGGAAAUGGCUGGAGAGGCAACCAGUGACAAAGAACACAUUCAGACAGUACAGAGUUUUAGGAAAAGGGGGUUUUGGAGAGGUGUGUGCGUGUCAGGUACGGGCCACAGGUAAAAUGUACGCCUGUAAGAAGCUGGAAAAAAAGAGGAUCAAGAAGCGCAAAGGAGAGUCCAUGGCGCUCAAUGAGAAGCAGAUUCUGGAGAAAGUCAACAGCAGAUUUGUGGUAAGCUUAGCCUACGCCUAUGAGACCAAAGACACUCUCUGUCUCGUGUUGACCCUCAUGAACGGAGGUGACCUCAAGUUUCACAUCUACCACAUGGGCGAGGCGGGCUUCGACGAAAAAAGAGCGGUUUUCUAUUCAGCCGAGAUCUGCUGCGGCCUGGAGGACUUGCACAGGGAACAUAUCGUCUACAGAGAUCUCAAACCAGAAAACAUCCUGCUGGACGACCAUGGACACAUCAGGAUAUCAGACCUGGGCCUUGCCGUACACGUACCAGAGGGCCAGACCAUCAAGGGCCGUGUGGGAACGGUAGGAUACAUGGCUCCAGAAGUGGUGAAAAACGAAUCUUACACCUUCAGCCCCGACUGGUGGGCGCUGGGUUGCCUGGUGUACGAGAUGAUAGAGGGCCAGUCGCCCUUCCAGCAGAGGAAGAAAAAGAUCAAGCGUGAGGAAGUAGAGCGGCUGGUGAAGGAGGUGGAGGAAGAAUAUUCCAGCAAGUUCUCAGAGGAGGCCAAGUCACUCUGUAAAGCACUGUUAGCUAAGGACCCCAGCGUGAGAGUGGGCUGCCAGGGAGGCGGCCCUUCAGAGGUCAAAGCACAUCCCAUCUUUCGCUCCAUUAAUUUCAAUAGGCUGGAAGCAGGCAUGCUGCAAGCACCUUUCAUUCCUGAUCCACAGGCCAUUUACUGCAAAGACGUGCUGGACAUCGAGCAGUUCUCCACCGUUAAAGGCGUGGAGCUUGAGCCAAAAGACGAGUCUUUCUACAGCAAAGUGUCCACAGGCAGCGUUUCAAUUCCCUGGCAGAACGAGAUGAUAGAGACGGAGUGUUUUGCCCAGCUCAAUGUUUUUUACCCGGAUGGGACGAUACCACCUGACCUGGAUUGGCGAGGGCAGCCGUCUCCGCCACCCAAACAGGGGCUGCUGCAGCGGCUGUUUGGCAGACAGGACUGCUGUGGCAAUUGCAGUGACAGUGACGAGGAGCCAACCAGGCUGUGACACGCAUCACAUUCCAUUCGUUUACAACUUUUUGCACAUUUAUAUAGAUAGUCGAUCUCUAAAUGUCAGAAUGUAUUUUCAGCAUAGCCAUAAUGUUUUAAUGUUAUUUAAAAAAAAACAACUUGUAAAAUAUCAGCCGAGAUCCUUUUGCAGGCUCCAACUGGAAUAUUGGCUGGCCUUCUGUAAAAGUGCCUGGCUUGAGGGCACAACGACAGCGCUUCCUGAGAGAGGGCGGAGCCUUCCCCAUUUGGUCCAGGGAAUAAAACUAGAGACUGUUUUUGAACUGCGACUUCCUCACUUCCCUCCGCUGUGACCAACCUUCGCUUCCUUAGUUUUGGCUAUUUUAUUUCUUCUAAUUAACACUUCUUAAGUGUGUAAUGAAGUCGUCUGCAGAUGUUUUUGUAUACAUCUAAAAAAAAAUCAACAUGGAGAGAAUCCUUGCUGUCAGAUACAAGAGGAUGCAACUGUACAGAAUGUGUCUAUUUAGCCUACUUUGCUAAAGUUUUUGGUUGAAAAUAUGUACUCAUUGGACUGUGAGAAGGAAGAUAUUAGCGCCUCAACGGUGUGACUUGCAAAUGUUUUCAGGAGCCAAAAGCACAUUCCUUUUUGAAGAAACUGUCAAAAACACCUGAAAUAAAUACUUUAUGUACUUAUCUAUAAA